UUCGGUCACACUGGACGUACGUGAAAACAAGUGACAAUCUUUUGUUUUUCACAUUUUGUUUUUGUAUAUAUUUUGAAAAAAUACAUAAAACUAAUAAGUGUAACAUAAAGUCGUGUACAUAUAAAUGUUUUAAAAACUUGUUUGCCACUCGAAAAAUUCACGCAAUAUAUCAAAUGGAUCGGUUUUAAAUUACUUUACAUCAGUUGUAAUGCAAAAUUAUUAGCGAAAAGUAAAAAAAUACGCCUCCCCUUUGUGCAGAAAUUGGUGUGUGAUCUUAUCUAGGACGAAUUUAUAAAAGCAACAUACAAGGUUCGAAGGCCAUGCACAAGGAAAAAAUUAUUAAUUCACAAAAUGCUAGCAAAAUAAACCAAAAAGAUCAUAAACCCAAUGGAAAUACAAAUGAAAGUAGACAUAAAACAGUGAGUUUAAUAAACAAAAAAGAUGACAAAGAAUACGACCUUGUCCCACCUGAUGGUGGUUGGGGUUGGUUAGUGCUGCUGGGCUCGUGCUUGACUAACAUUUUAAUCCCUGGCACAAUAAAAAGUUUUGGAGUAUUAUUUUCGGAGUUCACCGAUGCAUUCAACUCUUCUCCUACGAAGGCUGCCUGGAUACCAGCCCUGUGUUAUUUUCUUUAUAGUUCAUUGGGCCCGGUUUCAAGCAUUCUAUCUGUGAAGUACUCAUAUCGUACUGUCACCCUUCUUGGUGGGGCAUCUGCGUCACUGGGUAUGAUACUCUCCUUCUGGGCAUCAUCUAUUGAGUUCUUGUAUAUCAGCUAUGGCGUUUUGGUCGGAAUCGGGGCUGGUCUCUCUUUCCCCCCCACAGUUUACAUUGUGACGUCGUAUUUUGCGAAACUACGCGGAUUAGCGAAUGGCCUCUGCAUUUCCGGUAGUGCUUUAGGCAGCAUAAUUUUGCCGCCCCUUCUUCGUUGGCUACUAGAGACCUAUGGCUAUCACGGCUCCUGCCUAAUUAUGGGUGGCAUUACUUUGAACGUAUUUGUCGCUGCUCUUUUCUAUGAGCCUGUUGAACAACAUAUGGUACGAGUACCUCGUGCUCGCCAGGCUUUGGAAAAUAUUCCAGAAGAGGAGGAUAUUGGAAUCGUAAUGAAGUUCGAAAAUGUUGACGAGCCGGUUCCCAAAAAUGAGCCGGCUGACAAGCCAUUGUUACCAUAUAAUUCGCCUCCUUCUCCUCUGUAUUUACCUGGCGAUGAGAGGCUGCAGUUUGUGCGUAGCGCAUCCGCAGCUGUUGUCCAAAGCUACUCAAAGUCUGGAGACGAGUUUCAGUCUCGAUCGCGUAAGAUCAGUACGCCGGUGAGGUUACCCCAGAGAAAUCAGACUUUUACGCCUGGCCAACUUAACUCGCAAUCAUCAUUGUACGCUGUGCCAGAGGGGCGAUCAAGCUCCAACAAACUGACUCUGCGAAAUUCGUCAAAGUCACGGUUAUCCAAGCGCUCGCCUUCAACAAGCAGUUUUUUAUACGUCAGCACACCAUAUCAUGGCAGCACAUUGUCGUUUCAACCGAAAGAAUUUUCCUCGCAUUUGUCCCUUCGCUCUAUGGGGAGUAGUGGAACGGGACAUGCAGGCGACUCAACCGGGCAAGAUGGAUCUUAUGCCGACGUCGACGCCCGAGGCCAGGCACAACAGCCGCAACGAUCGAAGUUUUUUGAUCUAAGCCUUUUAAAAGACCCUAUGUACUUGGUCAUACUAAUUUCGAAUUCGACGAAUGCCAUAAGCUACACGAACUUUAUUAUAUUGCUGCCCAGUUUUGGAGAAGCCAGGGGCUUUAACAAAUCAUUAUCUGCAUAUUUGCUUUCAGUUGUAUCAGCCACGGAUCUAAUUGGACGUAUUGGCGGGUCAGCACUUUCGGACAUGGGGUACAUACCUAAGACCUGGUACUUUGUUGGUGGCUUGUCCAUAUCGGGGCUUUCUCUUGCCCUUCUGCCUUUUGCAUGGACAUACAGCUCUGUAUGUUUUUGGUGUGCACUCUUUGGGUUAGCUUCUGGUAUUUACGUCGGAAUAACUGCAGUAAUCAUGGCAGACAUGCUUGGAACGGAACGCUUGACAUCAUCGUAUGGCAUCAGCCUUUUCGUUAAUGGCUUGUUGCAGUUGGUUGGGCCGCCAUUAUGUAACUACUGGUUCGAGGCGGUCAAUGAUUAUAAUCCUCUCUUCCACGCCCUCGGCUUAACGCUCCUGGCUGGAGCUAGCCUUUGGAGUUUUAUGCCAUGGAUUAACCGACGCAAAGCUAAUGCGGAGGAGCAACUAGAUGCACAAAUCGAAAAAGCGGCUGUCGAUAGCUACUAAAUGGUCAAACAACUCUCGUACCAAACCACGUACAAUAACAAUUAGAUUUAAGGCUUAAAACGGCGUACAAACAGUGAUGAAGAUAGCAGCCAGGACUAAAAGACCAUUAACAUUUUUUGUAACCUUUGAUUCGUUUCUUCCAGCUGAUUUAUUGUAUUACUGCUUAGUCGUAAUUAGUACGUUGUUAAUUACUACAAUUAUUGUUUGUUUAAUACCAGUACUAUAAUAUUCUAGACCGUAUAAAAAAUUAAAAUGAAUGCAGUGAAAAGUCGUAAAAAAUAACGUUUUAUAAAUAUUUUUUCAAUAAAUACGUAAAAACAAUAAAAAAUAUGAGAUACAAUAAAAAAUACAGGAAAUAUACAAGAAAAGAAUGGGAAACAAGACAAAAAAUUCGCAUUAUUAAAUUGUACCCUUGUUUUAUAUUAUUUUUUGGUGUUAAUAUUACGAUUAGAAUGAUAAGAUUUAGGUGUCUUUUUUUUAAUGGUGAGUAGACUUUAAGUGAGCACACACGAAAAAUGAAAAAUAUUUCAAGUUCUUCAAUUUACGUGAAUUUUCGUGCAUUAACAAGCCCACAUCAGUGGCACGUUCUGUAAAUUAUUACUUUUAGUGUUACCCAGUGAAAAGAAAACUUUCACUCAACAUCGGGUGUAGAUUUCUGAAAAGCGUGUCCCCGCUGCCCAGCGGGCGCGUUGCCUUCAAGUGCCACGCUAUUUGGGAGGCGCUAGGAAAGCCCCACGUCCGAUAAGCAACAAACGACGCUGACAUUCAAGCUCUCCCAAUUCAAAUUCCAAAAUCAUAGGAAUAAUUUCUUAACUCGCCAGCCUCAGCAACCACAACCACCUUAGUACCAGCUCCAGCAACGCAAAUAGCAUCACUAACGACAACCAAGUCAGCCACAAUAACCUCCGUCAAUCCAAUGCCAGCAUCAACAACACCAAACGCAACACCGACCAAAAUCAACAAAAACUGCUUUCCCAGCAACGAUUCUAGCACAAAUCAAGUCUCUGACAGCAACAAAACUCAACCCUUUCACAAACCACCUCCAAUUGUGGUCAAAAAUUGUGAAUCUCUGAACGGACUUUUCAGACUCAUAGAU